AUGGAGCCGCGGGCCGGCUGCCGGCUGCCCGUGCGGGUGGAGCAGGUCGUCAACGGCGCGCUGGUGGUCACCGUGAGCUGCGGCGAGCGCAGCUUCGCCGGGAUCCUGCUGGACUGCACGAAAAAGUCCGGCCUCUUUGCCCUGCCCCCGCCCACUCCGCUGCCCCAGCGUGACGACCCCCCCACCAGGAGCUGCCAUGGCCGGGCCCCCGAGGAUGGGCACGGAGAGGUGAUGGAGCUGGGGCCCGGCUCCCCGCCGCCUCCCCGCGGGGACCAGCACCCCGACACUGGCGGCCCCGAGCUGCCCCCACCCCUCGUGCCGCCGCUGCCCGCCGGCAGCCUGGGCCCAUACCCGCCGUAUUUUGAAGGCGCCCCAUUCCCUCACCCGCUCUGGCUGAGGAACACGUACAAGCAGUGGGUGCCCCAGCCGCCGCCCCGGACCAUCAAGAGGACCCGGCGGCGUCUGUCCCGCAACCGCGACCCGGGGCGGCUCAUCCUGAGCACCAUCCGCCUGCGGCCUCGCCAAGUGCUCUGUGAGAAGUGCAAGCGCACGCUGAGCCCCCCGGAGUCCAGCCCCGGCCCCCCGGCCGCCCCCAGGGCCCGCAGGCGGCUGGGCAGCGGCCCGGACAGGGAGCACGAGGCGCCGCAGGAGGAAGGCAACCCCGCGGCCACCGCCGCCGCGAGGAGGAGCAAGCGGGAGCGGCGGGAGGACAGGACCCCGGCGGAGCCCGUGCAGCGCAGCCCGGUCAUCAGGAUCUCCUACAGCACGCCGCAGGGCAAGGGCGAGGUGGUCAAGAUCCCCUCCCGCGUGCACGGCUCCCUGGAGCCCUUCCGCCCCCCGCAGGCCCCGCACGAAGGCGGCCCGGAGCCCGAGGCGCUGAAGGACCCCGAGCCCAGGGACAGGCCACCUGGCGGGCCCUUGGCCGCCGUCCCCAAGCUGAAGCUGACGCGUCCCGUGCCUCCCAGCUCAGACCUGCCGCCUCCCAAGAUCCGCCUGAAGCCCCACCGCCUGGGGGCCGGCGAGCGCCAGCCCGUGUACCGCGCCGAGCUGGUGGAGGAGCUGAACGGCUGCCGGCCGGGCCCUGCCCACGGGCUGGCGGACUCAUCCUCCGGGAGUUCCGGGGAGGACGAGGACUUCGAGAGGUGUCCCCAAGGCCAGCAGGGCCGGGGCGGCCUGACUUUUCUCGUCGACUGCCCCACGGGGCGCACGGGCUGCCCCAGUGAGUCCGUGUGCAGCAGCGACAGCCUGGACGAGGCCAAAUCGUCCAGCUCAGAAGUGACGUCGCCGGACACGGGUGACCUCUCGCCCGGCAGUGGGGCGUCCGUCCCUUGCUCGUCCGGAGAGGCUUCCCAGACCGUGCCGCCCCUGACGGUGCGGCUGCACACACAGAGCGUCUCCCAGUGCGUCACGGAGGACGGGAGGACCUUGGCCGUGGGGGACAUCGUGUGGGGUAAGAUCCGUGGUUUCCCUUGGUGGCCGGCACGUGUCCUUGACAUCAGCCUCGGCCAGAAGGAGGGUGGAGAGCCCUCUUGGCAGGAAGCGAAAGUCUCGUGGUUUGGUUCUCCAACUACGUCGUUCUUGUCCAUUUCAAAGCUCUCCCCUUUCUCUGAGUUUUUCAAACUGCGGUUUAACCGUAAGAAGAAAGGGAUGUAUCGGAAAGCUAUAACCGAGGCUGCCAACGCUGCACGACACGUGGCCCCAGAAAUAAGGGAGCUCUUAACCCAGUUUGAGACGUAACCGUGCUUC